AUGAGCUCCGCAGAAAAAAAAUUGUUCGAUGAUGAUAGCAGCAGUGAUGGGGGAAGGAAAAGAAAACGUCUGAAAAAAGUAACUACUAAUUUAUUUGAUGAUAGCGAAGAUGAUAAUGAUCUUUUUAACAAGGAAGAAGUGAGCCAUACAUCACAAACUCAUAGUGUUGUCGAAAUUAAAGAUGGUACGGACGAAGACGAUUCAUACAACAGUCCCAAAAUUAUGAACAACAAUCCAUUAUCCAGUAAAUCUACUGGAAAAUCCAUGUAUCAUGACAUAACAUCGUAUUUCAAACCAAAUAGCAAAAAAAUGGAAGAUCAAACAAAUUCAAAUGGAAUCACAAACAGGAACUUAAAAAGGGAAAGGGAAGAAGACGAAGAUGAAUUGAUGAACCAAAUAACAUAUAAAAAAAAACAUACCUUAGCAGGAAAAAAAGAAAAAACAAAAAUGGAACAAGACUUUAACAAUAGUGACAAUAGGAGUGCAGAAAAAAAAUACUCCACUACAUGGUCUACAAGCAGUAGAAAUAAUAACAAAGGUGGUGACUUAGCGAACAAUUUUGAUUAUCUUCCUUUUCAUAACCUUAAAUUUGUGUUAACAGGAGUAUUUAAAAAUUUUUCUCGAGAUGAAUUACAAUCCAAAAUUAAAGAAAAUGGAGGAAGCGUAAUGUCUGCAGUUUCUUCUAGAACACAUUACCUCAUCCAUGGUGAAUAUUUAGAAGAUGGAAGAUUAUACAAUGAAGGGAAAAAGUACCAAAAGGCCUUUGAAUUACAACAAUCAAGUAAGUCCAUUAUUAAAAUAUUAAAUGAGGAACAGCUCUUACAAAUGAUUCCACAAGAGAAAAAUGAAAAUCUUAAUGGAGCAGACAAUUUCGACAAUGCAGGAGGAGACGCUUCUGGAUAUAACGCAAGUUUUUCGAAAACUGAACAUUACGAUUCCACAAAAUUUAAAAGUGAGAAUGAUAACAAUAGUAGCAGCUCUAAAAGCUUCCACAAUUACAGCACAAAUGCGCAUGAACAAAUUGGAUCCACACAUCAGAAAAAACAUCUACCAAACGAACAGAACAAUCCAGGGGAGGAAAAGAAAAUACUUAAUCAAUUAUGGGUAGAAAAAUAUAGACCUAAAAACUUAAACGAAUUAGUUGGGAACAAUCAAAAUGUCUUAAAAUUAAAAAAUUGGCUAGCUAGCUGGGAUGAUGUAUGUAUAAAAGGAUUAAAAAAACAAGUGACAAAAACUUUUAGAGGUGUAUUCGAAAAUGUAAAUGCAAGAUGUGCUUUAUUAAGUGGUUCAGCUGGAAUUGGAAAAACAACAACUGCAAAAAUCGUUGCAGAAAGUUCAGGAUAUAAUGUAAUCGAAUUUAAUGCAUCAGACGAAAGAAACAAAGCAGCAGUAGAAAAAAUAAGCGAAAUGGCUACUGGAGGGUAUUCCAUUGCUUCUAUAAAAAGCCGUAAAUUAACCAAAACCUGUAUAAUUAUGGAUGAAGUAGAUGGUAUGUCAAGUGGUGAUAAAGGAGGAAGUGCAGCUAUACUUAAAUUAAUAGAAAAAACAAAAUGCCCUAUUAUAUGCAUAUGUAAUGAUAGGCAAAAUAAUAAAAUGAGAACAUUAGCUAAUAAAUGUUAUGAUUUGAAAUUCACUACUCCAAAUAAAAAUAGUGUCGUUAAGCGAUUGCUAGAAAUCUGUAAAAAAGAAAAUGUCAUGAUGGAACCUAAUGCACUCGAAUUGUUAUGGGAAAGUACAAAUGGAGAUAUGAGACAGAUGUUAAAUGCAUUACAACUUUUGUCUAAAACGUAUAAAAAAAUACAAUUUUUAGAUUUAAAAAAAGAAUUAAAUAAUUCCAAUAAAAAUAUACAAUCGUUAGCUAAUCCAUUUGAAAUAACACUCAAGCUUUUAAAUUUUCAUGAAUCAUCCAAAUUAAAAAUCAGAGAUAUUAUGGAUCUAUUUUUUGUUGAUUACGAAUUGAUUCCAUUUUUUAUAAGUGAAAAUUACACAAAUGUAUUUAAUGAUAACGACAAGUCAGCCAAUUCAAUUACUAAAUGGAAUGCUUAUUCUCAAAUAUCAUGCGACUUAGUAUUAGCUGAAAAAAUUAAAUAUAAUAUGAAAACAAACAUGGAUUUUUCCUUAUUACCACAUUUUUCCAUUCUAUCCUGUGUUUGUCCUGUUAUGAGAAUCAAAAUGUUAAAAUCAUUCAUGUCUGGUAGAAUUAAUUUCCCAUCCGCUUUUGGAAAAAUAUCUACUUUUAAUAAAAAUAAAAGAUUGUUAAAUGAGUUGUGUUUUAAUAUUUCGUACAAACUAAAUGUAUGUCCAAAACAUAUGAUCACAUCUGGGUUCUUGAAUUACAUCUAUUCCAAAAUUAUUGAACCACUAGCUACCAAUAAUAUACCAAAAGCUAUACAAAUGAUGGAAGAUUAUAACAUAACCAAAGAAAUGAUUACUGAAAACAUACCCUCAUUACGAUUACCAACACAGGAAAAUCUAUAUGACAAAUUAGACUCAAAAACGAAAGCAUCUUUUACCAGAUUAUAUAAUGCUUCACACGUUAUUAAGAAUGAUCCAAAUAUGUUACGAAAGGGAUUCAAGACAGCUGAGAAAAAAGGUCUUUACAAAUUGAAUGAAUACGAAUCGGAUGAUGACAUGGAUGAGCUUAGUGAAUCCAAGGAGGAAAAGGACGACGAUGACAUUUUGGUUAAGACCAAGGUGGACAAAAAGUCAGCAGCCAAAGCCAAACCCAAGGGGAAGAAGCGAUGA